AUGGAUGGGACAGUGAUCGUUGAAAUUCAGAGGGCUUGUGGCUUGUCCAACUCCGAAUAUCGCCUUUUCGACGUAACAAGCCGGAUUCUGGGCUGUCGCAGAGUGAGGCCAUAUGUGAACUGCAAGCUCCAGUGGGGGACGGCGAUGACGGAAUCCCGGGGCACUUCCUUCGUUGAGGCUCCUGAAGACGGAAGCUGGUUCAAUUGGGGUGGCAGGCUGGAAUUUCCGGUAAAGGCCGACUUCUGGCGGGCGUCGCGGUUCUCGAUCUCCAUGGAGGUGUUAGACAAGAGGGAGCUGCAAGGCACCUUGCGUGGGGACUCUCUAAUCGGUACUGGCGAAAUCUUCUUGGAUCCCAACACGGUCGCAUCCACACCGCAGCAGGGCAUCGAGCUCUUCCGAAAUGGCAAAAGUGCUGGCGAGUUGAUUCUGGCCGUCCGCAUGGAGGCGCCAGACCAGGCUAGAGCCAUCAUGGCUGCCAGCACCUGCUGUCCUUUGACACGUGUGGUCCAUGCCCUCGCACAAGUGCUGCGAGCACCCAAUGCAGUGGAAUUGCUAAUGGCCGCUCGCCCGAACAUUCUGCAGCUGUCGGAAGAUGCUGAGUCCGAGGUCCAUCGACUGUUGAAAGCCUGGGUGCAGCGUUUCUGUCAGCAGACACUGCAGCUGAGCGGUGUAGAGACGGACGACCAAAUCAUCAGUGCCUUGUGGAGGCUUGCAAGGUCGGCACAGGAAAUUGUUGCUUGCUGCGCCCCAAGCGGUACAGAUGAUGUCCCGGACAUCGUUGUGGCCUGGCUUAAAACGUUUUUUUCGAGCUGCGCCGGAGCAGAAGCGCAGCUCAACGAGGAGCGCCUUCGCAACCUCCUGACCAUGCGGGAGCAGACAGGUGCCGGCCAUGCCAAUCCAGAAGAGGAAUUGCUGCAAAUGGGAGUCCAAGUCCGCAACCUCGAGAGCAGCAUGCUGCCCGCGGUGCUGGCACGAUUCCAGGAAGCAGCGCAAGGUUCUGAGGAUGAGGUCUUCACUUGCGAGCAGAUCGUCCAAGACGGUCGCGCAUUGCCAGGGCUGUCUGUCAUUUUGCGCAGAAGCCCAGGAGCUGACACAGGCUUUCAUGUCUUCAUUUAUCACACUGUGUCAAUCCGUGAGUGGCAGGCAAACUCUCUUAUCGAUCCCUGCACUCGAGCCGCACUGCGUGCUGAGGAUAUCCUUCCAGUUAGUUGA